CAUAGAACCAUAUUUCAAGCCAACCAAAGUUGUUUAUAACUACUACCUCAAUUUCUUCACUCCAUUUCGUCCUUAUACCAGUCCAAAACAAUUUGUUUCUUUCCACAUUCUUUUACCCCACUGAUCAUCAGUGAUCACCACUGUCAAAAAGAACACGUACUCAACUUCAAUGCUCACAAUGGCUUUGUUACCGUCACCACUCCAUUUUUCAACUUCGUAUCUUAGCACAAGCACUGUUGUGGCUCUCUGUGUAUUCUUCUCACUCCUUUGCGUUUGCAUCAUCAUUGGCCAUCUUCUGGAAGAGAAUCGGUGGGCUAAUGAAUCCAUUGUUGCCCUUCUUCUGGGUUUGUGUGCUGGAACGGUGGUGUUGAUGGUGACCAAAUUUAAUAGUACCAAGAUUUUAAUAUUCAGUGAAGACUUAUUCUUUCUUUACUUGCUUCCCCCAAUCAUUUUCAAUGCCGGUUUCCAAGUCAAGAAGAAACAGUUCUUCAAGAAUUUCACAACUAUACUGCUCUUUGGAGUCAUUGGAACAGUAAUUUCAUUCUGUCUGAUAUCUGUAGGUGCCCUUCUGCUCAUUCAGAGGAUUGGCAUAUCUAACCUUGGUAUAAAAGAUUACCUAGCCAUUGGUGCCAUAUUGUCAGCAACGGACUCAGUUUGUACAUUGCAGGUUCUGAAUCAAGAUGAAACUCCAUUCCUUUACAGCAUUGUAUUUGGGGAGGGAGUAGUAAAUGAUGCUACGUCUAUUGUUCUUUUCAAUUCGGUACAAUCGCUUGACUUCAGCAGCAUCGAUACUAUUACAGCCUUGAAAUUGUUGGGGACUUUCCUUUACCUCUUCUGCACUAGUACUGCCCUUGGCAUACUAGUUGGCCUUUUGAGUGCUUAUAUUAUUAAAACACUUUACCUUGGAAGGCAUUCUACUGAUCGUGAAGUUGCACUUAUGAUGUUGAUGGCAUAUUUGUCAUAUAUCAUUGCUGAGCUUUUAAGUCUCAGUGGGAUUUUGACUAUUUUCUUCUGUGGCAUUGUUAUGUCACACUAUACUUGGCACAAUGUUACAGGAAGUUCAAGGACAACAACCAGGCACUCCUUUGCAACCAUCUCAUUCAUUUGUGAAACCUUUAUAUUUAUAUCUGUUGGCAUGGAUGCUUUAGACAUUGACCAAUGGAAAAAAAGCAAAGCUAGUGCAGGAACUUCAGUUGCUGUGAGUUCAACGUUGUUUGCAUUAGUGUUGAUUGGAAGAGCAGCUUUUGUGUUCCCUAUUGCAAAUAUUACAAAUUGCAUAAAGAGAAGAGAGAGUUCCAAAAUUGAGUUUCGUUCACAGUUUAUCAUAUGGUGGGCAGGCCUGAUGAGAGGUGCAGUGACUAUUGCUCUGUCUUAUAACCAGUUUGCUCAAGCUAGGAGAUCAUCAACUCAAGACUCUUCACUAAUGAUCACCUCUACUAUAAUCGUGGUCUUAUUCAGUACUGUGGUAUUUGGUUCCAUUACAAAGCCUCUGAUUGAGGCUGUGCAACCAAGGCAUUUAAAACCAUCCAUUUUUGACUCCACUGAUAUUCCAGAAGAUUUGAGACUCCAAUUGCUAGAAAACAAUGUUCCAAUUAUUCAAAGGCGAAGUAGGCUAAGUUUGCUAAUGAGUUAUCCAACCACAACUGUUCACUACUUUUGGAGGAAAUUUGAUGAUAAGGUCAUGAGACCUGUAUUUGGUGGAAGGGGUUUUGUUCCAUCUGUUCCUGCCUCAUCAUCUGCUGAAUCAGAGGAGAUUUCUUGAAACACAAACAAUUUAUCUGAUUCUCUUCACUUUUUCUUUCAAUAGUGUGAUUCACAAAGGGUGGUCUUGUUUGUAUAUCUAUAAUUGUACUAUAUAUUUGAAACAUUUUCUCUAUACAAUGCCGUUAAUUAAAUAGAAGAAUCGAAUCUGAGACUGAUCUGCGAGAUGUAUAGGUUAUCAUGUCACAGAUUUUGGUUGUGUUGAUUUCUUCAAAAUAAUAAUAUGGAAUUUUAAUUCUUGUUUAA